AUGAGAGUUAUGACGAUUUUGUUCUUUAGUGUUUGUUAUGUAAAUUCAGUGUACUCCGAGAUAUCGCAAAAUAGACUGCUAUAUUUGGAUACUAUUAAAGAAGAUAAUUCUAUGGAUGUUACGGACUUUUCAGUUUAUUACGAUAUACACACAAACAAGACAAUAAAACGGAUGAUGCCCAGACCCUGGUAUAAGCCGGGCUGGUUGUUGAGACUUCCUUUUAGAGGCGGUCCGUGUGAAUGUAGUGGUUUGCAAUGCAACUGCUGUACCGGUAUUCGAAUACAACCCUUCAAUUUUGAUAAAAAGACCUGUGCAGUUUUAACGUAUGAACCCGAAGAUUCCAUAGUUGAUUUGGAAGUGCAAAUGAACAAUGCAAGUGUUUUUAGGGAUACGUUUUCAACACGUAAUCCGCCACCAUUCUGUGUACCGAUCCCGGUUCCAUAUUUACCACCGGGCCUGGUCGAUAUGUGCGUGCGUCUCUUCGACAUAUCCUUUGUUGAACAAAAGCUACACGUCUGUAUGGAUAUGGACACACGGGUUGAUAAAGCUCCUGUCGUAAUUCUACAUUUCGACUGUAUGGAUAUGGGCACGAGUGGUGUGAGUCUAUCGAAACCAGGUGGAACUCAGCCUAUUUUAUCUGAAGAUUCUACAAGUGAUACCACAUCUGAACCUAUACAAUUAGAUAGUGAUGUGUACGACCCUGUUACGGAAAUUGCAAAUACACAAGAAAUGUCGACAUUUAAAAGCAUAACAUAUAUUUGAAUAGUAAAAUCAAUGUAAUUUACAUCUAAUGUAUAUUCCUUAAAUAUUUAUUAAAUAAAAUUAAAUUAUUAUGAUUCGUA